CCAGUUUCACGAGAAGUUUUGUCAUGCGGUGCUGCGUUGCCUUUGUUUGGCUGCUGUUGGCCCUGACCGCUGUCCUGACUCAUGCGUCACACUAUUCGCGGAAUGAGAGCAACGAAGAUUCCAAGACCGAAUUCAACUUGGCCUCCACUUUCAAAGGCGGAAUUACCAGCAGUCGUCAUCAUGAGCGUGCUAACCUUAACUCGCAAUUAUAUCCAGAUCUAAGGCAGCAAUCAAGUGGGUCAGUUGAUAUUGAUGAGCCGUCCGCUCAUGAGAACGGCGGCAGUGGCAUCGAUCUUCGCGCUGGCCCGUAUGGAACUGCUGUAAGAAAUCCACAGCCACAGCCGAAUGGCUUUUCAAAUCAUCCCGCACCAGUUGGACAGCCACAGACAGCAGAGAUUCCCGGAUAUGCAGCUAAUGGAAAUCCGCAAGUCCUGCCUCGCCCUGGAGUCAAUCCGUCAGGCGUAUAUCCAAGUUAUGGAAAUCCACAACCUGUAUACCCUGUACUGCCUGCUUACCCGUAUCCAGGACAAUAUUUACCACAGUAUCCAUCCUAUCCACCUUAUCCAAACUAUGGACCAAGCGUGCCUGUAAUAACGCAUCCAGGCGCGCCGCCCAUAAGCUAUCAGAAUCAGCAAAAUUAUGCACCACACGCGGCAGCAGGACAACGUGAUCGUUGGGAUCGCAGCUUCAGAAUGAAAACUGAGUACACGGAAGAUGGAGUACACAAGGGACCAUUCAGCGUUCUGAACAAUCACGGCUCGCAGGGCUAUGGCAGUGGUUUUGGAGGCGGCUAUAAUGGCGCAUUCAACAGGCCAGGUUACUGAAAAACUAAACGCUAGAAAGAUUAUAAGUUAUGGUCAUAAGUUAGGUGUAAGCUAACCUCACCGUGUCAGGUUUAAGAAGAGCAGCAGCUGCUCGACCGAGUCUGUUUUAAUAAACUUGAUUUUUUGCCCACACCCAACCGAAGUAAUUAGCAAUAUACCCCGGUUACACCUUAAGCAGCGGCAGCAACAGCAGCAACAGGAACACGAAAAAUAAGAGGACGACAUCAACACGAGGACAUCUUAGCCUUUUGUCCUAUACGUAUGUACAUAAGGCACCCUACCUUGCGAACCGGAAAAAAGAAACAUGCAUUUCAGUUGCCUCACUAUUUCUGUUAAGGAAGCACACAAUGAACAUUGAACUACCUGGCUGAAGGCAGCCCUGGCAGCCGAAAAAA